AUGUCAAAUUCUUUCAUAAACGUUAUAGAACGCUGUGAUAACUUCAAGCUCUCAAAUCAUCGGGAUGAGCUAGCUCUUUUCUGUUUCUCAGGUGAUCCAAGCUCACUGGCCUCACCCAUCGGGCUACUCUGGCCUGAAGUCGUCCAUGCACUUCUAUUGGACAACGCUACCACACGGAAUGAAGGACGAAAGCCUUCUUGGGACUUCAUAACAUCUUCAUCUAGCAGCCAAGAUCCAAAUCAACCUCACAAGGAACGUAUAACACAUGUACACUUCGCACCGCACCUCGCAGAUAAUACAUCGCGCUCCGCCGCACUCGCCGCCACAUGCAAUUACUGGCGAAAUAAUGGAAUAUUCGCAGAGGAGAUCGGUGGUCGGAAAUGGCGUAACGAAUUAUAUCCGAUAUACAAGACUCCAUUUUGUGGAUUGACUCCUGAAAAUAUUAUGUGCACAAUUGAGCGUUCUGCUGCAGCGUUGUUCGGAAUUGUAACGUAUGGUGCACACAUGACAGUAUUUCAGCGGACGAAAGAUGGAGAAAUUAUGGUUUGGGUGCCGACACGUGCAAAGACAAAGCAGACAUGGCCCGGCAUGCUGGACAACAGCGUUGCAGGCGGAAUCUCAGCCGGCAUGUCGCCCUUCGAAACAAUAGUAAAGGAGUCCAUGGAAGAGGCGAGCCUCGCAGAAGACAUUGUUCGCAAACAUGCUCGCACAGUAGGAGUAACUUCCUAUUUCUUCCAGAAAGGGAAAUGGCUCCAGCCAGAAGUUGAAUAUGUAUAUGAUCUAGAAAUUCCAUUAACAGCAACGGGAGCCGAACUCGAGAGGUUUCGUCCACUGCCUCUGGAUGGUGAAGUGGAGACCUUCGAGCUUUUGUCACUAAAGGAUAUUAUCCCUCGGAUACAUCAAGAACUCUUCAAACCAAACUGUGCUUUAGUCCUUGUCGAUUUCAUGAUCCGCCAUGGCUACAUCACACCAGAGACGGAACCCAACUAUUUAGAGAUUGUCACACGCCUACAUGGGAGGUAUGAUUAUUCUUUCUGGGCUCAAUCUGCACCACACGCUUGAAUGGGAUAAACAUGACUCAGGGAUGAGGUAUUGUUCUCACAGCCAAAUAAGAGGCAAAGGAAAUAUACAAGUUUGAAUUAAAUCUGGUGUAAUUUAUCAAGGUGACAACAAGGCAUUGAUGGGUGCAACAGGCAAGAAAUACGGGGAUGAUGUACAAGUAGUGUAUAGAGGGG